AUGUUGAAGACGUUAAUUUUUGUUUUAAUAACAUGCACUCUAAGCGACUCCUCAUCGAUAAAUGAAAAAAUAUCCAAUUAUUUUAAAAGUGAUGUAUUUAAGGCUUUUCAAAAAGAUUGGCAAUCACAUAGAAAAUCCUUCGAGAAUGCUUUACUGUUGGCGUUGAAAGACAACUUUGGUCAUAGAAGCAUGAAUGUAUACGUGAGGCGAUCAACGGACUCGCUUAGAAUAUCCAAUGGUUUUUAUUCAAGCGACAAUAUAGUUCACUUGCUGUUAUUUGAAAUGACUCUCAACGCCCUACCCCAACUCAUGAUGCCGGAGGUUACAUUCGCGCUCGCCUCUAACGUCCUGCGGGUGGAGGCUGGUCUUAGCAAGAUGAUAGUGGAGUCUAGUUAUCUGAUAUUCAGGAAUGAAUCGGAUAUUCAGCACACCGAUGAUCAAGAUACAUACACAAAUUCACCAUUUGCUUUUGAGGGUGUAGAAGACGUAGGACGGUUGGCUAUCAUAGCCGAUGAUUGUACAUUAGUCGGCUAUACUAUAGCCAAACUGAGUGGCCAAUCGGUGACAUUAGGUCACGACACUUUCCAAGUGCGAGAUUGCAAAUUUAGCGUCGAGAUAUCACCUUUUCAAUAUACUUAUGGGCAGCUUCCAGUUAUAGCGCAAUAUUUUUCAAAGAGCCAGGGUAAACAAUUGGAAAUCUUGUUAACAAAGCCGAUUCGUGAAGAACUGAUGCCAAAACUUCAAGCAGCUGUUUUUUCUUAUAUCAAUACAUCACUUGUAUUUGGCGAUCACUUAAACAAAUUUCGUGAAUAUCAAGACGAUGUUUUUAAAAUGGUGUCAAAAAAUAUGACAGAACUAGUUCGUAACCUUAACAAUCUAACCGUUCACCUAAACGAAGAAACGGCAGAAUUGGAGCCUGUAGAAACGUCACGAAACUAUUCGUAUGACGGGGAGUCACGUUGGGAUCGAGUUUUACUACAUAACGUAACUUUACAUGGCUUGGAUACACUAUAUUCUUCACACACUGGUGGCCCUUUCAAGUUGCAGUCGCCGUUGAUAGCGGAAGCUUUUAGAUUUAAUUCCAUUACUGUAAAAGGGAGCCUUUUCUUUGAAAAUGACACUGCUAAAGGAGAACACGAAUUUGCGGCUGAAAUUAUGGAUACCACAGUUAAUGUUGAAAUUAACUUGGAGACAUUCGAACCGAUUUUUAAAGUUUUUAAUUGGAGAAAAAUGGAACUCUCUCUGGUUGAGCUGGAAAGGUAUUUAAAGGACCGUCGAGCAGCCAGCGCGUUUCUUAAUGGUUAUUUAACAAACAAACUACCCGAGGUUCUGAAAGAGCAUUUGGCAAAUACAUUUGUUCAAUACAAAAAAUCAAUGGUCUUGCCUAUAUCUGCACAGAAGUUGAGUAAUGUUAAUGUAUAUUGUCAAUCAAAUGCACCAGCCCCGAUGGAAGGAUAUCCAAAUCCAUAUGGAUAUGGAUAUCCUGUUUUUCUCGGAUGGUAUGGUUAG